UUGGUUUCUGGAAGUGAAGAUAAUGUUUUACGCACUUCUAAGAAAAAACGAAGACAAAAGCCCGUGACAGGUGUUGAUGUUUUUGAUGCAGAUGCAAUAAGAAACCACAUAUAUGGUUAUUAUACUAGGAACGAGUUUCCAACUAGACGUUUGCUUUUGGUCUCUUUAAAAGAAGCUGGCUUGUUUAAAGGCGGUAAAACGGCGUUGUCAAAACUAUUGCACGAAAUUGGGUUUGAAUAUAAAAAAACGAAUAAAAGGAAAAUAUUAAUGGAAAGAUUUGAUUUAAUAAUUAAAAGGAGCGAGUUUUUAAGAGAAGCCAGAAAAAUCGAGUCUUGGGACAACGUCGUUUUUGUUGACGAAACAUGGUUAAAUGCGAACCACACUGUGUCACGCUCUUGGACUGACGAAACAAAAGCAUCAACCUCAAAGGUUCCAAUUGGAAAAGGAUCGCGACUGAUAAUUUGUCACGCCGGUUCUGCUGGAAGUGGUUUCUUUGAAAAUGGAGUGCUGGCUUUCGCGUCAAAAAGUACUUCCGAUUACCACGAGGAGAUGGAUACAGACACUUUUACGAAUUGGUUCGAAAAUCAAUUAUUACCCAGCCUGCCAGAGCCUUCUAUCAUAAUAAUGGACAACGCUUCAUAUCACUCGAAACAAGUGAAUAAAGCGCCUACUCAGGCCGACAAGAAAGCUGAUCUCGUAGCAUGGCUACACCAAAAUGGAAUUGAAACUACUGCCGAAAUGCUAAAGUCUGACUUAGUAAAGUUGGUACGCGAAAAUAAAACAUCAAGAGUCCGUUAUGAAGUAGAUGAGAUAGCUCUAGCACAUGGACAUCGGGUACUUCGAAUUCCGUCUUAUCACUGCCAGUACAAUACCAUUGAGCUAAUAUGGGCACAAAUCAAAGGUUACGCAGCUCGUAAUGAUACGACUCCGCCAUUCAGUACUAAUAAAAUGAUGGGUCUAUUAAAAGAUCCUUGCAGCAAAAUAACGAAAGAAGAUUGGGUCAAGGUCGUCGAAAAGACUCGAAUACUAAUAACAGAACAUUAUGAACGCGAUAUAAGAGUGGACACCAUUAUAGAGAAUGAAAUUGUCAUACAAGUGACUGAUAGCGAUGACAGCUCUGGCGAAUCUGGUUCAGAGUCUGAAUAA